AUGGGAAUUCCAAGUACAAACAAUGGACUGGAAUCUUUAAAUGGUAAGAUCAAACAAAUAUAUACACUUCGAAGUAAGCUUCCAUUAUCAUCAUUUCUUCCAACAAUUGUUUCAAUGCUUCAAGACUGGUCUCAUCAAUCAGUUAAUAGUGGUUUUACCACAUAUCCAAGUAUUGAUACAGCAGCUGAAGCUCAAGCAUGGAAAUGGUCACAAGGUGUUGAUAAAAAUGCUAUUGUGCAUUGUUAUCAACAUAGUAGCAGAGAAUUGAAUUCUCAACAAAAUUAG